CGUCGCCGCCUAGCCAUGGCCGCGACUACGGCCGCCUCGCUCCCGCCGCCGGCCACUCGCUCUACCGGCACCUCCUCUCGCUUCCGCCUCAAGCUCGCAUCUGUCCCCAGUUGCCGCGGCCACAGCUUCAGCCUCCGUCUCCACCGCUCGCCGGUGGUACCUGCUGCUGCCGCGAGCUCCCCCUCCGUUCCAACCUCUUCUCCGGAACCAGGGUCGGGUAUCGGUGAUGCCCUCGGUGGGGUCGCCAUCUUCUCAGCGGCCACCGGCGAGCCCGUGCUGAUCAGGGAUCUCUGGGAUCAGAACGAGGGAAUGGCUGUCGUUGCGUUGCUACGGCAUUUCGGAUGCCCUUGCUGUUGGGAGCUGGCCUUGACGUUGAAGGAGACGAAACAAAGAUUUGAUGCUGCUGGUGUCAAACUAAUUGCUAUUGGUGUCGGCACUCCCGAUAAAGCCCGUAUUCUCGCUGAACGUCUGCCCUUUCCACUGGAUUACCUCUACGCAGAUCCUGAGCGCAAGGCUUAUGAUCUAUUGGGUCUAUAUUUUGGUCUUGGUCGCACAUUCUUCAAUCCAGCCAGUGUGAAAGUGUUUUCUCGGCUUGAUUCCCUCAAGGAGGCGACGAAGAACUAUACAAUUGAAGCCACCCCAGAUGACAGGCCAAGUGUCCUGCAACAGGGCGGAAUGUUUGUGUUCAAAGGGAAAGAACUGUUGUAUGCGAGGAAAGAUGAGGGGACAGGUGAUCAUGCACCAUUAGAUGAUGUUCUGAACAUCUGCUGCAAAGUUCCAGUAGCCUAAUUUUGAUCCUACAAAUGGGAGUUCCAGAUGCUUCCUGUCAUAAUUUGGCAUCAGACGACUUUCGAAAGACUGACUCCUCGUGCAAGGGCAGCAUCGCCAUGUUACAUGUAUAUGUAUUGAGAUAUUUGGGCGAACUUUGUCACACUUUGUCGAUCAUAGGAGCUGAUAGCUGGUAGAUAUGUUACUGAUUAUGAACCUUGUACAGUGAGUAACCAUAUAGCAAGCGAAUUUAGCGAUAAUGAAUAAUACUAUUUCUUGUUGAAUGAUGCA